UAUAAAAAAUGUGGACUUUGACAGCGCUCUCUCAAAUCAGAGAGUUCAAAUCAUUUUAUCCAUGCUUUUCGAUGAAACGUAAAACAAACCAUGGAAUAAGGGAGUAGCGAAAAUGACCAUUCACAGUACAUACUCAGGCGUACGUUCACAAUAAAACCAACAUGGCUGCUUCUGGUGAGUUAGGAUGGCAAGGGGUUAAAUCGUAACACUUUCAAUUAAACAACGCAAUUUGUUUGCGCAAAAAUCGGUUAGUUUGUUAAUGUAAAAUGAAAUGUAUUGACAAAUUUGAAAACAAAUCUCCAGCGUUACAUCGUAGAUUAUGUAUAAAAAUAUAACUUUAAAACCGUGAGUUGUGGUAAAAAUUCUUUAAAAUUUUGAUCUGAUUAAAAUGUUCAAAAAACAAGUAUAAAAAUGCAUAUGAUUAGUUAAUUUUUCGAAGAAAAAUAAAGAAAAAUCCAACUCUCCUAAAAUACUUUUUAAAACGAAAUACUAAUAAUACCGCAAAUCAUAUACAUAGAUUGAAAUAACUAGUCUGGUCUUAAAAAAAAACUUGCAACUGUUCCCAAAAUUAAAUCAGCUGUCUUCAAAUUAACCUAUUACUCAACAUUUUGCGCUCCAGCACAUAAAUUUCAGAAUAAAAACGCAUUUAUAUAAGAAAUUCAGUGUUUAUAACAGAAUUUAAAUAAUUAAUAAGCAUAAAAUGAUACGCCGAAAAACAUUCUUGUUAACACAACUACAACAUGUGUUCACCAAGCGUAAUAUUUCAUACAAAAAUUUGUUAGCGCUUAAAGGACGUGGUUUCUUUCAAGACAUUUUUCCCGAUACCGCAAAUGAACAGAUGAAAGCGCUCUUCACAAGCGGUCCGCAAACUAUAUACGCCGGCUUUGAUCCAACAGCUAAUAGCUUGCAUGUGGGCAAUUUGCUGGUGAUAAUGGGCUUGCUGCAUUGCCAGCGUGCCGGCCACAAUCCCAUUGCACUGGUGGGGGGCGCUACCGGCUUGAUUGGCGAUCCAAGUGGACGCAAAACAGAACGCAAUCAAAUGGGUGAAACCGAAAUUGAAACCAAUUUGAAGAGCAUAAAAAGUCAAUUGAAGCGUAUAUUUAAAAAUCAUCAAGACUGUUUGUGGGACGAUAAAAAAUAUAAGCAUAAGCUUCCUGAAUUGUGUGUCGUCAACAACGCCGACUGGUAUGCGAAUAUCAAUCUCAUCGAUUUCAUAGCCAACAUGGGUCGUCAUUUCCGUAUGGGCUCCAUGCUAUCACGAUCAUCUGUACAAACGCGUCUGGAGUCCGAGUCUGGCAUGAGUUUUACAGAGUUUACUUAUCAAAUUUUCCAAGCAUACGAUUGGUUGCAUUUAUGUCGUGCCUAUAAUUGUUGUUUUCAAAUGGGCGGCUCCGAUCAGAUGGGUAAUUUGAUGACGGGGCAUGAGUUAAUAAGUCGUGUGGUUAAAAAGCCGGUCUUUGGCAUGACAUUACCAUUGGUAACAAACGAAGAAGGUGAUAAAUUUGGUAAAUCUGCAGGAAAUGCUGUAUGGUUAGAUGAAGAGAAGACCUCUGCGUUUGCGCUGUACCAAUUCUUUGUGCGCAUGCCUGAUUCCGAGGUUGAAAAGCUAUUAAAACUAUUCACAUUCAUACCGCUGCCAGAAGUUGAACUGUUGAUGCGUGAACAUAAAAAGGAGCCAGAAAAACGUAAAGCACAAACUCUACUAGCCGAAGAUGUGACACUGUUAGUGCAUGGAGAAAAAGGACUUAAGCAGGCUGAGCGCAUAACCGACGCAUUGUAUAAAGGUAGUGUGGAUGCCUUAGGUGAACUCAAUUACGAGGAGGUGACACAGACAUUCGCUGGUGCCAAAGUAGUUGACUUAUUAGCCGAACCGGGCAUGUCAAUGCUGCAAUUGGCAAUGAAGGCAAAGUGUUUCAAUAAUGAAAGUGAUGCGAUGCGCAUUAUAGGCGCCGGCGGCUUUUACAUUAAUCAAAAGCGUGUGCAAAAUAUCGCUGAAAUUAUUUCGCAGGGCAUUCAUGUGCUGAAAAAUGGACUCUCGCUGUUGCGUGUGGGGAAAAAGAAUUUCUACAUUGUGCGUUGGCUCAAAUAGUCGGAUAUACAAUUAAAGACUUCUUUUUGCCCGCCUCUGAGAAUUGCACUUUAAUCGUACGUCCUUGCAACAUCGAAUUGUGCAGUUGAAAACCACGUUGAUAGCCCUCAAGAUCAGCCAUUUCCACAAAGGCAAAACCACCGCAUCGCUUCUUUGGUAUGCGCACACCUUUCACCGCACCAGCGUUUCCGAAGUGCGACUCCAAAUCGGAUUUAGUCGUUUCGAAAUUUAAAUUUGUCACAUAGAGCACGUGUCGAUUGGCUUUUGCUGCGCCACGCAUUAACGCACCCAACUGUUCUUUUGUCAAAUUGGUUUUCACUUCAUCGGUGUCCUCUUCGUCGCUUUUGCUAGCGCCAUUUGCUUGUGUUGCACGGGCAUCUUUCUUCGCUUCACCAUUUUCUGUAGCUUCUUCCUCAUUUGUCUUUUCGUCAUCGCUAUGUUCCUCCUCACCAUCGCUGGAAUCGGUUGCUGUCUCUUUUUCUAUAUAGGUGCCAUUCAGUAUUUCCUGUCGUUUGAUAUCGUCAAAGUUGCCCAGCAAAUCAGCCGUCUCGUCAUUUACUGUGCGCCGUACACGCUUUGGCUUCACAAACUCUUCAACAUUAUAAUCACUAUCGAAGGAAUCGUUAGCCAUUUGAGUAUUUUGGGUUCGAUUUUCUUUCAGGAAUUUUCUAAAUAAGUUAUGCGCCCCCGUUUUCUUCAAUAUUUUUGUGCUUCGAAUCAAAACAUGUGUUGGUAUGUCAGUGGUUGCAACUUCUUUCAACUGUAACUAUUCACAAUAAUAAAAUGUCUGAAA